CGAAUGCGUCACCAACAUUUGUUAUCGAACUACAAUUCCCAUGAUACCUGAGACAGGACUACAGAAGCAAACAUGGCGGCCAUUGGCAGGUUUUUGAAGAAAGCUUGGAAUAAAGAGCCUGUGAUCACAGUUUCCUGUGGCAUCGGAUUGCUGGCUUGCAUUCUGCCAGCUUUGAGCCCUUUAACAAAAUACACAGGAAUGAUGAACCGAGCUGUUCCAUACAAUUAUCCAGUUCCAGUUCGAGAUGAUGGAAACCUGCCGGACGUUCCAGCGCAUCCCAGCGACCCACAGGGGCAAAACCUGGCGUGGCUGAAAAACCUGUGAAAGUCCUUCAGAGUCCUGUACAGUCACACUCACCUUUACUUCUCUCAAUAAAAGCUCUUUAUUUAA